GAUUUCAAUUGAGUGGCCAUGAAGUUGCUUCUGUUUGCCGUCCUCUAUUUGGGCUACCAAGGUAUUUUGGUCAAUUCUCAGUGUGUCCCAUCCGUGACUACAGUGAGUGGUAGUCAUGCUCCGCAAGGUCAAAUUUGUUCAGGUCAAAUGAUCUUUGAGGAUAACUUCAAUGAUUUGGAUCAUGGAAGGUGGCAACAUGAGACAACAUUAGCAGGAGGAGGAAAUUGGGAGUUUCAGUGGUACAGCAAUAAUCGAUCUAACUCCUACGUGUACAACGGAGUACUCUAUCUACGACCAACUAUCACAAGUGAUACAACAGGCGAAGCUUUUCUAACAUCAGGAACACUCAAUAUCCACGGAGGAGCUCCAGCCGAUCAGUGCACAAAUCCUUCAUUUUGGGGGUGCGAACGAACUGGAACUCCUACCAAUGUUAUCAACCCAAUUAGAAGUGCUCGAGUUCGGACUGUGAACUCUUUUGCGUUCCGCUAUGGACGGAUUGAAGUUCAAGCACGCAUUCCAUCUGGAGAUUGGCUGUGGCCAGCCAUUUGGCUCAUGCCCAAAUACAAUGCCUACGGUACAUGGCCAGCAUCGGGUGAGAUUGAUCUCAUGGAAUCCAGAGGUAAUCGCCAUUUGGUGCAGAACGGAGUGAAUAUUGGAGUUGAGCAGGUUGGAAGUACCUUGCAUUUUGGUCCCUAUCCCGGCCUCAAUGGUUACCCUACUGCCCACUUUACCAGGAAUUCCAUAACUGGCAACGGCUUCAAUCGGGCAUUCCACCGUUACUCGCUCGAAUGGACACCACAGGGAAUAACAUUCUAUGUUGACAACAUGUUGAUUGGGAGUGUAAAUGUGGGAUCGGGAUUCUGGGAUCGAGGAGGAUUUGCCCAGCAUGCUCCAGGAACUGAGAAUCCCUGGCAACAUGGCAGCGUAAUGGCUCCAUUUGACCAGGAAUUCUACAUUAUCAUGAACUUGGCCGUGGGAGGAACUAAUUUCUUCCCUGACGGAGCGACAAAUCCAGGUGGAAAGCCUUGGCACAAUGAAUCGCCACAGGCAGCAACGGAUUUCUGGAACGGAAGGAAUCAGUGGCUCCCUUCAUGGAACCUCAAUGAGGAUUUCUCCCGAGAGGCAUCCCUUCAAGUGGAUUACGUUCGCGUUUGGGCUUUAUAAGAUGCAAUCAGUUUCAAUAAAUCCACCUUUAUUUCUUCUUCUUUAA